CUAGCUACUAAUAACCGGUCUAUAGUAGUUCUCGAACAUGUAAACUAUGCACUAUGAACUUCGUACUCUAUACUGCCAAUGAGUUUGACCUGUUGUAGGACUUUUCAGCACACUCCCAUCGUAGUAGCAUUCAUGAACGUCCUGGCGGGAAACGAUCGCUGCUAAUGCGCACGGGAAUGAAGUCUUGUCCACCACUCUCUACGAAGCUGGACACACUGAUCUCCUGUAAAAAACGGUCUGCGAUGUCCCCUGCGACAGCACGGUACUCCGGCUUCUCGAAGCUGGCGACGCGGUUAUCAAAUGUGGCGGCAAAGUCGGCGUAGAUCUCUCUCCUGACCUGUCGCAGUUCGUCAGCUUCAGCGACGCUGUCCUCGACGGCCUCGCUGAUCGGGUGCUGUGUCGGCGUGUUGCCAUCUGUCGCGAGUGGAGAGGGAUGACCGUGUGGUUCCCCUGUUUUGGCUUUCUUUUUGGCUCCAUUUUUGGCUCCAUUUCUGGCUCCAUUUCUGGCUCCAUUUCUGGCUCCAUUUCUGGCUCCAUUUCUGGCUCUAUUUUUGGCUUUCUUAUUAGUAGUAUGCAGCUUAUUAGAGGAUUCUGGGUCCUGAGGCUGAGUGUGAUUGGCUUCGUGACCGUCCACAGGAAUCGGACGGGGUGGAGACCUCCAUCCCUGGCCAGCAGGGGGAAGGAGGAAUGGAUAAUUGUUAUUCGGAUGUUUAUGAAACUCUUCAAGGACGGUUCGAUGCCCAGAACGACCCUCUUGCAAGGGUACCCCUAGGUCAAAGAUAAUUGUAAAGGUAGC